CAGGCUGUAAAGUUCUCUUAACAAGAUCUCUGCCGAGGACAGAGCAGCUCUUUAUGGGACUGUAAAUUUUGUGCAGACGGUCCCUGUGAAAUGCAGGCUCCCUCUGCUCGCUGGCUGUUCUCUCCGUAUCAAUCAUGUGCCUUGCAAGUAACGUUUCACAAAUAUUCUGUAAAUCACAGGAAAAUGCUUGCAAUAAUGUGAAAUAUGACUUUCACUUGACUGUUUCACCAGAGGCCCCUAGCAGGCCAUUCUCCUGUCAGCACUAACAUUUGUUAUGGCUAAUAACACUUUCAAUCACAACUAUUUUGGGCAAAUGGAUUUAUUUUCAACCUGCUUCCCCGCAAAGGAGAUCCUGAGAACGCCCUGCCAAGGACACGGGCUCUUUGCAGAGCACAGGCCGUUAAUUCCCAAAUGAAAUUUCAUCUCAUCGUCAUUCUCAGUCCUCUUAGCCAACUUUCUGAAGUCUUUGUUUGUUUGUUUGUUCCCCACGGCCGAGAUGCAUUUCCACCUCUCGGGUUUUCAGGCAGCUUCUGGUAACAGCAGUAGAAAGUUAUUUUGGGGUGCGUGUCGUGGGGAUGUCAGCCCCCGCUGAGUGCACGCUCACGUUGGUCAGGGUGGGUUGGGGGGAUUUCAGACUGAAAUAAAAGUGUGGCAAAGUAAUUCAGUAAAGUGCGGAUUGCUUUAUGGGACUGGAGGCAGUGCAGACAAGGGGUGUUUCUGGAUCUCCUGCUUUCUUCCACAAAGCUCUUAUUAUUUCAGAUAUUCAUAGCUUUUUCAUGAUGCACUAUUGAAAACUCAGAAUGAGCACACAGAAAUUAGACGACAGCAAAACAGAGCUAAAGUCCACCGUGCCAAAGGUCCCCAGGCACUCUCCCUUUGCCAAGGCCAAACAUGUCCUGCUGGAGUGGAUUUAGGCCCAGUUCAAACGGCUCAGUGCACUCACAGGAGAGCCACGCUGCACUACUAGGCAUUGACCAUUGACCCUGUCACUCCCCAUGAAUCCACACCUAUCUGUGCCCUCAUGUCACCCUACUUACUUUUGGGUAGGUCAGAUAUGAGAGGUAAUGUUCUUGUUGUGAGGCUAGCAAGAAACCAAAGAGAGGAGAAUUAGUAACAUCAAAAUGACUGUAUUAACACAGCAGAAUAGAGUAUAAAGGAAAAUGAGAUACAAUUAAUGGCUAGAAUUCCAGAGGUCUUCAAUAUGAUGGCAGAAGAGAUCAUGACAUCUGUCAAAGAGCAGGAGGCCAUCAGGAAGCUCAUGAUUUUCCUGCAAGAAUGGGACAAUGCUCACAAAGCUGCUCGAAGCCACAUCCUAGACAACUUCAUUAGAAGCAAUAAUGGCAAGACAGAACCAGAGCUGGAGCUGGAGUUCUCCCAGGGAGCUAGCUUGUUUCUGGCUCGCCUGGCAGCAUGGCUGAGGAUGACCUACAUGUACAGCACGUGCAUCAACAAGCUGCUCAAGUCCAUUGGCGUCUUCUUAUCUGCUGCAAGCGGACGCAGAUACAUUAUUGAAUUUCUGGAGAUUGGAGGUGUCUUGAUGCUCCUGGAAAUACUAGGGCUGAACCACCUGAAAGAAGAGGACAAAAGAGAGUCUGUAAAGCUGCUUCAGCUCAUUGCAGAUGCUGGCAGGAAGUACAAGGAGCUCAUUUGUGAAAGCUACGGUGUGCGAUCCCUUGCUGAGCUGCUGGCCACCUGCAGCUCAGCAGAGGCUCAGGAGGAGGUGCAGAUCCUGCUGGCCUCUCUGGGCCGCGGCAACCCCAAGUACCAGAACCAAGUGUACAGCGGGCUGCUGGCAGUGUUGCCACACGGUUCUCCUCAUGCCCAGCAGCUGGCUCUGCAGACACUGCACAGCAUGCAGGAGCUGCUGGGAGAGACUCCCUCGGCUGUAGUGGCGCCGCUACUGGCGGUGCUGGGCUCGGCGCACCCCGAGGUGCAGUACGAAGGUACGAGCCGUCCCGCUGCCUGGGGGCAGGGCAGGUCCGCGCGGGGCUCCGUGGGCGGUCGUUAGCCCGCGACUCGUUAACAUGCGUCCGAUUUGCAUACCCAGCGUGCACCGCGGUGGAGUGUCUGGAU